AACGUUUCGGCCUUUCGGCACAAGGUUUUCCAAUCGUCAAGCAAUGGAUUUCUUUUUGAAAGUUGCUUCAUUGUCAUUGAUGCUGGUUAUGAAACUAGAAUGUGGUAUGGGGCAGAGUUCGCAGUCAGAUAUGUACACUCCUGGUGCAAGCGGUUCGAACGUUGUCGAGGAUGUUGUCAAAAAAGUUGAAGCAACUCUCGGAGGCACGAACGAGCUCUUAAAGCGAACUGCGUUUGUUGAAAGCAAGUAUGGUAAAGACACCAAUACAUAUCGGAAUGGCUAUCAUGGAGGGAUUUGGCAGAUGGACAAAAUAGGAUUUGAUGACACGCAAAAUGUAAAAAGUCAUCCGAAAUUGAGGAAGCAAUAUGCGAAGAUCAGGGAAGACUUUGGUAUUGAUUGGCCCACAGUGAAAUAUCAAGACCUACGUAUGCCCUUGUACUCCGGACUAGCUGCGAGGUUAAAGUACUUAAAUGUUAAGGCCCCCAUCCCUUCUUCGCGGCAGUUGGGCAGUCAGGCAGAUUACUGGAAGAGAAAAUACAACAGCAAAAAGGGAAAAGGUACGCCAAUGAAGUUUAUAUCUGAUGUUUUAUCCUAUGACAAGUCUCCCAACAUUGAAUACGGAAAUUGCGGAAAAGGAAGAAAAACAUUUAUACAGAGAGGUGGACAAUGCCAUUCCUGCACACAUGGUGGUAAACACAAGACAGGUCCAAACCUAUUUGGUAUUUGUGGUCGCAGUGCUGGUAGCAGCCCUGGGUAUCCCUAUACUCAGGCAAUGAAAGACAGUGACAUAACGUGGAGCGAGGCCACUCUGGAUGAAUUUCUACAGAAUCCGAAAAAAAUGGUCCCUGGAAUAAAAAUGGUUUUUGCUGGAAUGAAGAAAGCAAGAGAACGUCGAGACUUGGUUUAUUAUCUUUGCAAAUGUCUGUAAUUAUGGGACUUCAUGUUCAUAAGAAUCAGUAAUUAAAGAAUUAAGGAUUACUUCAUAACAAAGCUUUUUUAGAUUGGUAACAAAUAUAUUCAUAAUAGUAAUUAAGGGAUACAUUCACAGCAUUCAUUAUGUACGAUUCGUGUCAUUUAUUCAUCUCAUUAAGAGAUUUUUUCAUGUUGCGGAUUAAUUAAAGAAUUUACGCAUCAUUAAUUAAAGGAUUUACCAUCAAAUCAGCAUUGCACUACGUUUAGAACUGCGGUGCCCAAACUUAUAGUUUGGAAUCGUUUUAUUUAUUGUUAGUCUGAUAGUUGUCAGUCUGAUACAGUGAUAGCUUCUUAGUCUGAUAGUUUGUUCGGAAUCAUGUGUUCGCGUUUGUGAUGCACUCCAGGUGAUCUCGUGUUCG